AUGAAGAAAUCGAGUGCUCCGGAAAGGAGUUUCUUUGCUCCGGAAAGGAGUUUCUUUGCUCCAGGAAGGAGUUUCUUUGCUCCAGGAAGGAGUUUCUUUGCUCCGGAAAGGAGUUUCUUUGCUCCGGAAAGGAGUAUGCUAAAUGCAGUGCUCUUUACCCUCAUUUUUGGCGUCAUUUCGGUGUUGACUUUAGAAGAUGAGAAUUCUCCUUUAAAAUCGGCUAUGACAUCGAUGGAUAGAGAUAAUGAUUUCAUGAAAAGAAGUGACUCACUUUUUGAGCCAUUAACCCUCUACAAAAGAUACUAUUCUUUGGAUACUCUUGGCGGAUUGGGACUCGGGAAGAGGGCAGAGGAGAGACGCCGCAAGCCCGUACAA